AUGGUUGAAUCAGCUACAGCUGGUGUUUUGUUUCAUGCUACUCUUGCCGAAAUGAUCGACCAUAGUCGUAUGUCCGUACAACAACGGGAUUCCAUAGCCAUUAUAAUUCUCACUAUCGUUGUUGUAUCUUUGAUCGGGUACCUCCUUACCAUACCAUUCCUCUGCUAUGCGGUACAGAAGCACUCAGCAACAGCUCUGGUACCGUACCUUGUCUGGAGAAUGCUCUUUUCAAUUAUUAUUCUUACAGUAGUCAUCUGGCAGGCAUCUGCAUUACCUAAGCGGUCGUUGUUGUUCCGAUCAGCCUUCUUUGACCGACAGCUUCCAGUGGCUGUAGCGGAGGUAGGUAAAAGUAUUUUGAUCGAGACUGUCGAAAUGAAAGUCAGGCAAAUUUACUGCUAG